AUGGCUGCGUUUCUUGACCCCGUCACUGGACGCCGCAUGCCAUUGAACAAUGACCUCGUCUUGGGCAUCCUCAAUGAUGGUAACUGUUCCGAGUUGGACUUCGACGACGACGAUGAAGAGUUUAUUCCUCUGCAGCUGGAAAAUGAUGAAGAAGGUGAAGUUGAGCUAUCCUCUCCGCCUCGCUUAUCUGCGGCAGCUGUGAAAUCGGAAAAUAUUAAAGGUAAAGUGUCUAAAAGGAAGUCUACAUCUGAUAACAUGAAUGAGAGUGAAGCAGGCCCAUCUUGUUCUAAAAAGUCAAAACAAACACCUUGUUCAAAAGUAACACAAAAAUCAAAGGCUGUUAUAGUGAAAUUGCCUGCUCGUAAAAGGUUAUGGAAGAAAACUGAUUACAUCGAUAAAUCACAUAACUACUCAGGUCAUCCACAACCAAAUGAAAUAAGAUCGCCGGUUGAAUAUUAUAAUGAUUAUUAUAAUGAUAAUUUUUACGAGCGCAUGGCAUUGUGUACAAACUUAUACUAUUUAAGAAAAACUGGGCGAGUCUUAAAUACAACCAAACCGGAAAUAAAAAAACUGAUUGGUAUCCAUCUACUGAUGGGUAUACUAUCAUAUCCCAGGAUCGCAAUGUACUGGCGAAGAAAUAUUAAAGUUGACAUGAUUGUUUCUGCAAUGACAAGAGAUAGACUGACAACUUUAAGAAACAGUUUGCACGUCGUGGAUUCCGACUCUCCACCCGUUUCGGAAGCAAAUAAUCCUCUCUGGAAGGUUCAGCCGAUGAUCUACAUUGUGAGAGAAGGCUGCAACAAAAUUCUAAGGACCCCGGGCAGGUAUUCGAUCGACGAACAAAUGAUACCUUUCACUGGCAAGUGUCAUCUUCGCCAGCUUGUAAAGAACAAGCCUCGCCCAGUGGGUCUUAAGAAUUUCGUGGUUACUACUAGUGAAGGGCUAAUGGUGGAUUUUGAAAUAUACUAUGGCAAUAAUCCCGUUCCUUCGCAUCCUUUGGGGCUUGGACCGGCUGUAGUUCUUCGCUUGAGUCAAAGUGUUCCACGCGGGAGCUGCAUUUUUUUUGACCGAUAUUUUACAACGGUUCCCCUGUUGGAAGAAUUAACGAAAAUGGACUAUCAUGGCACAAGGACAAUUAUGCUUAACCGGGUACCAGAUCGACAGCAGCUUAAGUUCAAAGAUGACAAAAAAAUGACACGAGGAGAAAUUGAACAAAGGGUAUCAAACGACGUAGUUUUGGUAAAAUGGAAGGACAGCAAGGCGGUAUUGACAGCAUCAAAUUGUACUGGGGGCACGGCAACCGACAUAGUAAAGCGGUACAAUAAAACAGAAAAAUGCUACGUCGAUGUUGGUGCUCCAAAAAUUGUAACAUCCUACAACUCUUUCAUGGGCGGGGUGGAUGUUUUGGACCAAUCUAUGGAAUAUUACCGUACAUUCAUGAAGACCCGUAAAUGGACUCUCAAGGUCAUACUACACUUUAUAGACCUAGCAAUGGUAAAUUCGUGGCGGCUCUACAAAUCUGACUCAUUGGCUAAAGGCAUUCCUAAAAAUCGAAUAUUAGAUCUCCUUUCAUUCAGAUUUGAAGUUGCUGAGACACACAUCUGCACUCCUGACAGAGAUCGGCGCGAUUCAUCCCCAUUACUUGAAACGCAGGCACAAACUUCGGGCAGAUACAAACCCGCUAAUCAUCCGUCUGUGGGAAAGAGGUUUGAUGGUUACGAACAUUUUCCUAUUUUUGACGACUUGAAGGCUCCUCGCAAAUGUCGCUUAGAGAUUUUUUCAUCUCGCUCUAAAAUUAGGUGCCCUGACACCAUCAAUGCAUUAAAAUCUCAUCAAAACUUAAAAACGCACGAUCGGGAGUUGGUAGAAGUCAGCCCUAGAGCUCACUAUCGUGCUAUCGACUUUCCAGAGUUCUGGUGUACGCUGGAUUUUUUUUACUAUUUUUUACAUUAA